AUGGUAGCACUACGACGAGAGUGUAAAGGGAAGCUGCUGUUUAUCGAUUGUCGAAGCCAGACCAGUGCAUACGGCAACAUUGCACUGGGCGGAGGCUUUGAAGUGUUGGAUUACUACAAGGAGACCAGCAUCAUGUUCAUGGGUAUUGAGAACAUUCACUCAAUGCGAGAUUCUAUUCGCAAACUUUUUGAUUUGAUUAAGAACGAAGUACGUGGCAACGAGCGGCCAAAUUGGUUAUCAGGUCUAGAGAGUACACGAUGGCUGGAACACGUGCGCUCUAUUCUAGUGUCGUGUUCGAUUUGUGUCGCCAAGCUCGUCGAAGGGACUAGUUUGAUGGUUCAUUGUUCUGAUGGAUGGGACCGCACCACCCAGAUCACAGCCUUAGUGAAGCUGUGUGCGGAUCCGUUUUAUCGGACGAUAAAAGGUUUUCAGGUGCUGGUUGAGCAGGAAUGGUGUGCCUUUGGACACCAGUUUCGCGCGCGAUCGGGACAUGCGGAUAGCCCAGCUGGAUAUUGGGAAGACGACAGCACAUCGCCUGUAUUCAUGCAGUUUUUGGAUGCUGUGUGGCAAUUGAUGCGUCAAUUCCCGUGCUCGUUUGAGUUUAGUGAGCGCUAUCUUAUUACUUUACUUGACGAAGUCUACAGCAAGCAAAGUGGGACGUUUCUUUACGAUUGCGAAGAGGCUCGAAUGAGAUCCAAGACGGUUAUUCGAUGCACAAGUGCCUGGACAUUAAUUGAGGCACAUCCUCAUUUUGCUGAUUUUCGAAAUCCAUUUUUUAUGCUGCCUCUGAGUGGCGAGGGUUCUACGGACAAAUCUCCGUCUGUAUUGCAGUGCAAAUGGCACACAAGCUCGCUAGCAAUCUGGUCAGCGUUUUAUCUACGAUCGCUGGAAUCGAAUGACUCUCGGGUAUAUCAGGAUGCUUGGGCCAAGGAGCUGCAAGUGACCCAGCGUGAGUUGCAGGAUCAGCUGAGCGCAGCACACGAGCAGUUGCGGUCACAGGUGGAGCAAAACUCGGAUCUUCAAAGUGAGUUGGAACAGCUUCGACGUGAACGUGCACAGUUGCAUCGAGUGCUCGAGGGUGAAGUCUAUAGCGAUACACCCAAUGGUUUACUGGUCCAUGAAGUGGAUGAAAAUGAAGACGGUGUCUUGCUGAGUGUGACACCUGUGGGUGAAAGUCGUACUACGUUGGAACCUUCAUAUAACGAUAUGACGUCAACGCCACAUGGUGCCCACCAAACAAAACGAUAUUCGACUACAGGUGUGGGCUGUUUCCUUGGAGGAUCAAUGAGUCAGGAUUAUCAAAUUCUCCAAACGUAUUUUGGUUCUGGUCGCCAUGAACCUCGAUCCCUGCAUUCGACAUCGUCCCGAAAUAUUUGUAACGAGUUGUAUGCUUCUUGA